UGGAAACAAUUUCUCGCUGCUCGGCGCGCCCCGGUCCGACGCGCCGCGGCGGAGGCGAGCGGGAGGCGGGACGGGGCGGGGAGAGCGGCGGGGCCGGCGGGAGGACGCGCGGCGCUCGGCGGACGGACGGACGCCCGCCGCUGGUCCCAUGCCGCGCCGCGACCCCCGCGCCCCUGCCGCCCGCGCCCGCGGUCGUCCCCCGCCGCCGCCGCCGCCGCCGCCUGCCGGCCCCGGCUCGCCGCGCCGCGCCCGCGCGUCCUUAGCGGGGCCACCGAGCGAUGCCCGCUGGGCGCCCGCGAAAGUUUGCCGGCUUCGCUGAAGGGCAGCGGCGUCCCCGCGUCCCCGCGCCCCGCUCCGGCCAGGAGCCUUCACAUAAAUGGGUCCAGUCAUGCCUGCCAGUAAGAAGCCGGAAAGCUCAGGAAUCAGUGUGUCUAGUGGACUCAGUCAGUGUUACCGGGGUAGCAGUUUCUCCAAGGCCCUUCAGGAAGAUGAUGACCUUGACUUUUCUCUGCCUGACAUCAGACUAGAAGAGGGGACCAUGGAAGAUGAAGAGCUCACUAACCUGAACUGGUUGCACGAGAGCAAGAACUUACUGAAGAGUUUUGGGGAGCCGGUCCUCAGGAGUGUCAGCCCCGUCCAGGACUUGGACGAUGACACCCCUCCGUCUCCCGCCCACUCUGACAUGCCCUACGAUGCCAGGCAGAACCCCAACUGCAAGCCCCCUUACUCUUUUAGCUGCCUCAUAUUUAUGGCCAUCGAGGACUCCCCAACCAAGCGCCUGCCAGUGAAAGAUAUCUACAACUGGAUCUUGGAACAUUUCCCGUAUUUUGCAAAUGCACCGACUGGGUGGAAAAACUCAGUGAGACAUAAUUUGUCAUUGAAUAAGUGUUUUAAAAAAGUGGACAAGGAGAGGAGUCAGAGUAUUGGGAAAGGGUCAUUGUGGUGCAUAGACCCAGAAUAUAGACAAAAUCUAAUUCAGGCUUUGAAAAAGACACCUUACCACCCACCCCCCACUCCUCAGGCAUAUCAAAGGCCUUCAGUCCUCCCCCGUGCAGGCCCGGGCUCUGAGGAUUCAGCGGCAGACCAUUCAGGCUCCUUUGCCCUCACAAAUCUGGACUAUGUGGCUGUCUGGAGUCCAGAAUGCCUUGAUGGUGGCUGGCAUUCCCACAGCACAUCAGGUCCACCCAUCUGGCCGGGCAGUACCUUCUUCAAGAGAAAUGGAGCCCUUCUGCAAGAUCCUGACAUUGAUGCUGCCAGUGCCAUGAUGCUUUUGAAUACUCCCCCUGAGAUACAAGCAGGUUUUCCUCCAGGAGUGAUACAGAACGGAGCACGGGUUCUGAGCCGAGGACUGUUCCCUGGCGUCCGUCCAUUGCCAAUCACUCCCAUUGGAAUCACGGCGGCCAUGAGGAACGGCCUCGGUGGCUGCCGCCUGCGGACUGAGAGCGAGCCGUCCUGCGUGUCCCCGGUGGUCAGCGGCGACCCCAAGGAGGACCACAACUAUAGCAGUGCCAAGUCCUCCGACGCCAGGAGCACCUCACCUGCCAGCGACUCCAUCUCCUCCUCCUCCACCUCCUCCUCCUCCUCCUCCUCCUCUUCCUCCUCCUCCUCCUCCUCCUCUUCGGCUGACGAUCACUACGAGUUCGCCACCAAGGGCAGCCAGGAGGGCAGCGAGGGCAGCGAGGGGGGCUUCCCGAGCCCCGGGAGCCCCAGCGAGGCGGAGGAGGACGACAGGAAGGCCAGCCCGAAGGACGCCAAGGACGCCCUGGGGGACAGCGGCUAUGCAUCCCAGCACAAGAAGCGCCAGCACUUCGCCAAGGCCAGGAGGGUCCCCAGCGACUCGCUGCCCCUCAAAAAGAGACGCACGGAAAAGCCCCCCGAGAGCGACGACGAGGAGAUGAAGGAGGCGGCGGGCUCGCUCCUGCACCUGGCCGGCAUCCGCUCCUGCCUGAACAACAUCACCAAUCGGACGGCAAAGGGGCAGAAGGAGCAAAAGGAAACCGCGAAGAAUUGAAAACAAGUCACUGAUUUGUUUUGAACUUAAUGGCCAUUUGGUUUUCAGCAUGUCAGGAGAUUUCUAAUGAUUUGUGGCAAUAUCAGCAAUUUCGUUUCUUUUUUUUUUUCUAUCUUUCUUUUUGGUUUGCUUCUCUUUCUUUUUUUUUUCCUUUUCCUUAAUUAUUAUUAUUAUUAUUUUGUUUGUUUCAUUUGCCCCCCCCUUUCUGUCUGCUUUGUUUUAGACCCUUAAGAAGUUUAUUUUUAAAGGAGAUUGAAGCCAUAGAACUCAUAUUGACACUCAGCUGUUUUACAAAAAGCUUUUCAUUAUCCGAAGAUGAAAAACAACCACAAUAACAACAAAAUACACAAAAGCCAAAUUACCAUUGCUUCCUGCAGCCUGUCAGAAAAGAUGGGGCCGAAUCUACAGGGUUUAUCCUCGUUCAUGCCCCCAGGGACACACAUAAGGGCAUUUGUGCCACUAACAACCGGUCACUCAGGCCCAACCCUUUGGUUUAAGAAAUCAGCAUGCCUCUGGUCGCUUGAAGGCUCAUGGAGUGAUUAGAGACAAAGAAGCCCCCCGGCGCCCGCUAGGAGCAGGCCCACAUUUGUGGUACCAUGCAUCCCAGUACACCAGGAACGUCCUGGGCAUGGCCAUGUAGCCAGAGUUAGCUGUCUGCCCUCCAUGCUUCUUGACCUUGAACCUGGUAAUGCCUCACAGGUGAACAUUGAUUGGGCUGUUUCAAUACUUCAGGUGUCAGUAACUUAAGGAAGAAUAGCGGGGUACAUUCUUAGAGCUACUGCUAGUCACUGAAUUCUGUUCUAUAUUAAAUUAAGAAAAUGUUCCAAAAGCCAUAAACCUGAAGAUUGGCCCUGAAGGCACAUACACGCACACAAACACAAGAACUAGACUGAGAAACGUUAGUGCUGAAAUACAAGCCCUGUCUUUACUGCCUAACUAAAAAGCAAUCGAGCCCAAUGAGUGACAAUAGCUGUUAGGGAAGAAAAUAAUGGUACAGAUUCUAUUUCUUUCUAAAUUUGUUUGAUCCAAAUGGACAACAACAACAACAAAUAUUGCUACAGAGCCUGCCAUUAGUAUUGUGUAUUUUUAACAGAUUAAAGGCAUAUUGAUGGACCCCCCCCCUCAAAAAAAUAAAACAUGUCAAACAAUAAACUCCUCAAAAAAGGAGUUUGCAAUUAAUGUCAGGACUCAGCUUUGCAAAAA